AGUGAAGGGUCGACUUUGGGAAAGUUAUUGGUUGGUGAUGGUGCGAAGUCGCGAUUACGUAAUCUAUUACUUAAAAUUUCUUGGACCCUUUGAUAUUCAUCUAACAACAUGAGUUUGCAAAAACUGUCUGCAUUUGUUAAAAAAAUAAAUAAAAUUAAAUUAAAUUAAAAAACAGUGGCAACGGUGGCAACAUUGCAUUUAAUCAUGUGCAUGCUGCGCGCGCAUUUUCAAAUAUUUAAAAGGUUGGCGACAGUGAUGCUUAAAAAUACCAAGUUGGCGAUGAUUUUUCAGAAAAAAUUCUUAAAAUAAAAUGGAUAUUUUAAAAACGACUUUGGAAGUAAUUGAAAAUACGAAUGUUUCGCGGGAAAACUUGAGCUCAAAAAAAUUCGAUUUGAAACAAUGCCAAGAAUACAUAAAUCAGCUGAAAGAAAACUUGGAAGAAACGCAGACAUUAAACACACAAAACUUGGAAAUAUUAGAAAUUAACAACUUGACCAAAAAUGCUUUUAAUGAAAAUUGUAAAUUAGUUAAGAAGCUUUUUGGGAAAGUCUACGAUUAUACGCAGCAAAUCCAGGAGAAAUUGAAUACGAUUUUGCAAGAAGAAAAUGCAUUAAAUGAGUCUUUUAAUGACAAUACAGAACGUAUGAAAAGAUUAGAAAACAAAUUUAUCAAUGAAACAAAACUCUUGGUUAUUUUGGAGAAAGAUGAUGGCGAGAAAGUGGCAAAAAAAACUUUUGAGAUAGAAAGCGCAAUCAACAACAUAAAAACGGAACAAAACCAUUAUGAAGAGUUGUGGAAAAAUGUUAUGGAUGAAUUUGAAAUUAAGCAAAAGAUGCUUGAAACAAUUAAAUUGGAAACAGAGGUACUGCAAGAUAAAAUAGACACGGAAAAUCAACAGUUAGAAAAGCUGACUCAAGAAUAUAGAAAGAAAAACUUGAAUCUAUUUGAAGAAAUAAAAAACGAAAUAAAAAAGGAUAAAACGUUUGAAUUGGAGACAGAAGAAGUACUACUUUUGUCGCACAAGUGUAAAGAAAUAUUUAAAAGCAAAGAAAAAUUUAUACAAAAACAAUUCGAAAUACGCAAGACUUUAGAACUGUUGGACAAAAAAUGUGCAAACAUAGAAGUACGUUUAAGUGCAACUGAAGCAGAAAAUAAUAAACGAAUUAAACUUUUACAUUUGGAAAUUGAAUCAAAAAAUAAAACCAUAAGUGACAAAGAAAUUGAACUUUCGUCUUGUGAAGAGAAAGCAAAACAAUCAAAUGACGAACUGGAACAAAUCACAUUAAAAAUUUCUUCACUUGAGGACGAGUUGCGUUCACUUUCAAGUUAUGCUCACGAGAACGAGAAAAAAAUUGUUAAAAAAGUAAAUGAUGUGUCCGUUUCACAAGAGUAUGAUAGUUUAACAAAGAAGUCAAAGGAGUUACUAGAAUUGUUAUCAAAGUGCGAAGAGGAAAUUCAUGAAAAAAAGAAUGAGCUUAAUACAAUAAGGACGAUUCCCAGUUUGGAAUUAUCGGAAAUCAACAGAAAAAUUCAGCAGGUGGAGUUAAAAUCUGCGGAAACCGUUCAACUAGAGAUUAAGGAAAUCGAAGAAAUAGAAUUUCGUAACAAAAAUUUCCAAGAAGCUGCCGACAGCCAUGAAACUGCUUUAAAAGAGUUUGAAAUUAAAAUGAUUCAAUUAAAUGUUAAAAAUGAACAAAUAAACCAAGAGAUGAAAAACCUGAUCUUACAAUGUGACAAUAUUGAGAAAGAAAUUCAGCGGCUUGAAGCUUCAAAACAAAAAGGUAUCAAAAUAACUCCUACACCUGCUCCUAAACGUUUAACACCCAAACGAGCAAGGAAUCCACCAAAACGUAAACGUCAAAAAUCUUUUGAUCUUGAAAGUAACAGCAGCAUUGAGGGCGAAAAGUUGAAUUAUGCAGAAUUCAUGGCCAAGAAAAAAAUAGGCCAAGAAAAAAAGCAAAAGUGGUAAAAAAGAAAAAGUUUAUUAAAAACAUUAUUUCUUUGUUCAAUACUUAUAAAAAACAAAAUGUUAAUUUUAGUUUUAGAAUUUAGUUAAUAACUGCAGUUUUUGUGAUAUUUUUUAUCACGUGAUUACAACGUUCACAUAAUUCAUUUUCGCACUCAGAUUGCACUCGCCUACAUCGUGCACAUGGAAAUCGUUGACUUUUAGACAAUUCGAGUUUAUAAUCACUUCUUAUGUCAGCUUUAUUCAGUUCGACUUCAGAUACUUGAAGAAUGUUUUCUAAUUCAUUUUGAAUAUUACCAAUUGUUGUAGUUUCCUGGAAAAAAUAAAUUAUUUGAGAAAAUUUGACAUGAUAUUCUUACUACGAUAAGUUUUUCAAUUUUUUUGGAAAGACCGAUUUUAACAACUGUGUUUUGUGUACCCGCACCAAUUUCUUUAUUAAUAUCUUUUUUUAUGUUUAGAACCACUUCCAUCACUUUGUCUACAGUGUCAUUUUUCCAGUAAGUCUCUGCUUUACUGUGAGUAGAAGUGAAAAAUGUUUUCCCAUUUUUCUGAGGUAAGUGUAAGAACAUUUCUUCAACAAGAUGCGGCACGAUUGGGCCGAUCGCUUGUGUCACAAUUUCAAAAAUUUGUAACAAAACAAAUUGAGAAGAUUUUCGUGAAAUACUAUCAAUGGGGUCGCAAUAUAGGCGAUCCUUAAUUCCAUUGUAAUAAAGAGCUGAUACUGGAUUGGUUAAUAGAUUUAUAACAGACUUGCAAAUUUGUUGAAAUCUAUAAUCCUUAAUUGCUUCCACUGUCUACAAAAAAAUAGUAAUGUUUACUCUACUCUGUAUUU